AUGACAACUCCGAAUCGUAUUGCGGGAUUUUCUGUUGACUCCAGAGACGCAACGGGCAGAACGCCCCUAAUAAAUGUAGUUUUAAAUGGAAACGUUCAAGCGGUGAAAGGUCUGAUUAAGAGAGGUGCAGAUCCGUCCUGGAUGGACAACCACAGAUGGAGUCUGUUACAUUUUGCUGCAUAUUGUGGUGACCCUCAUAUGAUUGAUCUUAUCCUGAGUCACGUGCCAGGCAUUGAGUCAAAAGCCGUUAACGGUGCUACUCCUCUACUCAUUGCUGUGUGCCAUGGCAAGUUGCGAGCUGUAAAGUAUCUCCUUGAGAGGGGAGCCAAUCCUUUGACUAAGGAUAAUAAAGGCCAGGAUUCUUUAUCCUUCGGCUCAUCACGUGGCGCGGAUGUUCUUGACUUGCUGCUGAGUCACGUAGCUAACGGAUUUUCUGUUGACUCCAAAGAGGCAAUGGGCAGAACGCCCCUAAUGGUUGCUGCUGGGAAUGGCAACGUUCAAGCGGUGAACGGUCUGAUUAAAAGAGGAGCAGAUCCAUCCCUAAUGAACAACCACGGAUGGAGUACGUUACAUUUUGCUGCACACUGUGGUGACCCUCAUAUGAUUGAUCUUAUCCUUACUCACGUGCCGGACAUUGAGUCAAAAGUCGCUAACGGUGCUACUCCUCUAAUCAUGGAAUUUUCUGUUGACUCCAGAGACCAAACAGGGAGAACACCCCUAAUGAAUGCUGCUUUGAAUAGCAACGUCCAAGCGAUUAAUAGUCUGAUUAAGAGAGGAGCAGAUCCGUCCCUAAUGAACAACGACGGAUGGAAGUCGUUACAUUUUGCCGCAAAAAAUGGAGACCCUGAUAUCAUUGAUCUUAUCCUCACUCACGUACCGGAUAUUGAGUCAAAAACCGCUGACGGUACUACUCCUCUAAUCAUUGCUGUUCGUUUUGGCAAGCUGCAAGGUGUAAAGUAUCUCCUUGAGAGGGGAGCCAAUCCUUUAACUAAGGAUAAUUACGGUCGGGAUUUUUUAUCUCAUGCCUCAUCACGUGGCUCAGAAGUUCUUGACCUACUGCUGAGUCACGUAGAUAACGGUGAGUCAGGAAAACUAUUCAUUUGGCUUAGGUGGGGCAAAAAUAAUCUUAUUUCGUCUCCCGGAGUCUCUAGGAUGAAGUAUGAUGACGAGUAUGUACUGCUGUUUCAAGAAAACUUGUCGAAAAAAAACCUAUAA